AUGAAGUGUGAACCCCAGUUGCAAGAGCAACAUGCCGUGAAAAUUCUUCUUAAGAACAUUCAUGGCCCGAUUGCUUUUCUCCUGAAGGGUUUCACUAUUAAAACUUUUGAAAAACUUCUCAACAAGGCUAGCAAUUUGCAGGAAGAGGCUCCUAGGAUGCCAUUCUUACGAGAGCAGUCUGAAGAUACGAAGGGCCCUAAGUUGGUGAAAACUUUUGAGAAGAAAGCUAUGGUCUCAGCGGUUGAUAAGGGGAAGAGGCCAGUGGUUAGUCAGCCUUGCACUCCACCUCCACCACAGCCACCUCAGAAGCAGUCCUUUCAGAUAGUUUCAAAGCAUACUAGAGAUCCUGCCUUCAUCCCUUUUAGAGAGCGAUUGUUACCAGAGGCUAGAAGACCAGAGGAUGAAAGUAAGAAAGAGGAUCCUAAAUAUUGCCCGUACCACCGAAUGCUCAGUCAUCCACUUGAGGAUUGUAUUGUGUUCAAUGAUUGGCUCGAGAGGAACUACAUUCAAGGUUUUGAGUCAGUCAUUCCUAAAGUUGAUUAUAAUGUCCUUGCCCAUCUUAGGAAGUUGCCAGCCAAAUUAAGUAUUUAUGAAUCCCUCCUUCUUUCCAAAGAAAUGAGAGAGUCCUUAAUCAAGGCACUUCUUGAUCCUGAGAUUUGCCUAGCCCAAUUGGCUUCGACUUCAAAAGAUGAGGCACUUUACUUUAAAGAGGUCUCUGGAGUUACUUUUUCAGACGAAGACUUACUCUUGGGAACUACCGACCAUAACCGUCCCCUUUAUAUUAUUGUAGAUGUGGAAAAUUUCAAGUUAUCAAGAGACCUCGUUGAUAUGGGUGCAUCGGUCAAUGUAAUGAACAUAAAGACCCUCAUCUACCUCAGAGCUGAUUCUAGCAAGCUUUCAACUGACAAUUUGGUGCUACCUUGGUUCAACGAAAAAGGCGAGAGAGCUUUUGGUUCAAUCACUUUGCUCUUAGAGAUAGGAGAAUUGAAAACUGAAGCUAAGUUUUAUAUAACUGAUUUGGCAACAUCAUUUAACGCACUCCUAGGUAGACCUUGGAUCAACGAAUAUAGAAUGGCUCCAUCUACCCUACACCAAUGCGUCAAGUAUCAACGAGAAUGCAUUGAACAUGUGAUUAAGGUGGAUCUGCAACCAUUCUCUAUUCAAGAAAUUGGGAUCUAUGAGGAUGCAAAAUAUUUCAUACCAAAAGGGUCCUCGUCCCGUUCUAAGUUUGAGAUCAAGAUUGAGGAGAAAUUAGUUGGACAAAAAUCCAACCAAGAAAAGGAAAAAGAAAAAGAAAAAGAUGAAAUCAUCCAUUAA